AUGCCUCCAAGUCAAAGAGUUUUAUUUGAACAGUUUUACAAAAAGGCAGUAGCUCUAGGUGCUAAGAAGGGAAAGAAGUUAGGGAAGGAUAUUUAUAAUUUGCUUUGCCAGCAAACUCUUAUGAUAUGCUCAUAUCAAGAGGUAAUGCAUAAAGAAUAUGGUCAUUCUGCCUUUUUUGGAAUAUAUAUCCGUGUUCCCUAUAACGGAAAGGACUAUAUUAUUCCUGGAUCGCUCCUCGUUUCACUUCAUUACUUUUUAGACAAGAGACCUUUGUUAAUAUUUUAA